AUUUUUGUUUGAAGUUCAGUACUUACAAAUACUAUCAACUAACAAUACUGGCAACUCCAUUUAAAAUACAUUGGGCGUUUUUGUCGCAACAAGGGCGCUAUCUGAGCGGCUUGGCAAGUAACAGUAAGUAAUAGGCAUUCAUGUCAAGGGCUGUGAUUGGUCGAUUUAAAUCUCGCGGCUAUCAGUACCACACAACAAACUAAAAAAACGAACUGAUAAAACAUCAUAAUACCGCAAAAUUCAAUUCAACCAAUCAGAAUGCUUCUGAUAGGAUUUAGUUACUUGCCUGGCCGCUAGGAGGAUUAAACAUCAUUUUUCAACAGAGUUGCCAGUAUUGUUAGUUGAUAGUAUUUGGUACUUACGAUUCGCAGCUGCUUUUUGCCUUGUUUUCGCAACUUCAAACUUCCACAACUUUUGAACCGUUGCACAUAGAGCUCUCGGUACAAAUCCAUCUUAAAGAGGAUGAAACUCCGAAUAUUUUGGUAUAUUAACAUAAGCAUAGGUUUACUGAAAAUUUCGACAAUUUUUCGUUUAAUGUUGACAUAUAGUAUGAAAAAUGCGGUUAAAGUAUUCAUUAAAUCGUUAAUUUUCCUCUAAAUGGUGAAAAAUUAGUAUCAAUCGAUAGGGAAUUUCAUUGUCUUUAAUUUAAGACUAACUAAAAGUUCAUCAGAACUCGCGAACAAUCGAAAAAUUUGCUGUUUUUCGCGAAUCACCAAAGAUAUUACCAUCUACCAAAUACUAUCAACUAACAAUACUGGCAACUCCAUUUAAAAUACAUUGGGCGUUUUUGUCGCAACAAGGGCGCUAUCUGAGCGACUUGGCAAGUAACAGUAAUUAAUAGGCAUUUAUGUCAAGGGCUGUGAUUGGUCGAUUUAAAUCUCGCGGAUAUCAGUAGUACCACACAACACACACAACAAACUAAAAAAACGAACUGAUAAAACAUCAUUAUCCCGCAAAAUUCAAUUCAACCAAUCAGAAUGCUUCUAAUAGGAUUUAGUUACUUGCCUGGCCGCUAGGAGGAUUAAACAUCAUUUUUCAACAGAGUUGCCAGUAUUGUUAGUUGAUAGUAUUUGCAUCUACUAAUCACCUUUUCAGGACUGCGAUACUAGCGAUCCAAGCGAGGGUUUUUUCGCGAAUAGACCAUUAUGAAGACACGAAAUAAUUUUUUUCGUUUUUUUCAUUCGUCGAGUAGAGUUUAUUGGAAAAAUAGUUCCUAAAUUUCAUCUUAUUUGUUCAUUUAAUCGUGUAAUUAAAUUAAAACAAUCGCAGAAAUUAAAAUGGCGGAAUUAGAGUUAAAAAUCUUACGAACAUCACCAAAACACAAACGUUUCGGUUUCGGGUUUCCGAGAUGAUCUGUGGUUUUUUCUCGCUAUCCAGUUUUUUCUGUAACGCUAUGGCUGCGUGAAUCAUUUUCAACUUUUUCAAGUUUGAGCGGGAAUGAAUGUUUUUCCAUUGGAAAUUGUUGAUAAUUUUAUCGAAUAAGUAGUAAAAGUUCGCGAAAUUCCAACUUUUGAACGAAAGUUUAGUAUUAUUCGUUUAAAAAAUGUACGCUUAUUACAUUUCCGCCAUCUUUGAAUCUCUUCGGUGACUAAUUUCUAUUCAUCUAACGUUACUUUACUUUCGAUUUACCACUUUACCGGUACUAUCUUCGAAUUCUUCGUACGACGAAAUGUCUUCUAAAACCUUACAGCAAGUGUACGCCGAUUGUGUAUCGGCAGCUAAGCUUUCUCCAUCAAUUACUGUACAGAAAGGUAAUCUGUACCGGUGGAAAGGACGUGUAGCAAGUUCGAUUACAGCUGAACUAAAGUACCGAUCGUUACCUCAUUACGGGCUCGAAAUUGUCGAUAAUACAGCUUCUAUUCCUUGUAUAAUUGUUGAUCCAGUGGCGGCUGUAUCUAAGUUUUUGGCAUAUUGCGAUCAGACGAUCAUUAUACGAGAUCCUCACUUUAGUGUUGAAGUUGUGCUUACAGAAUCGAAACAGUACGACUUGGUGCAUUUGUUUCUCGAACCUGAUACUGUAAAGUUACCGGAUCAAGGUCCAAAUAUUACUGUAGCUGCAUCGAUACUUGAAACGACCAAAGUUAACGAUAAAAAUCAAGGUUUCGUGAUCAAUAUUAUUCCACUUAAGAUAUCAUCUGCUAUUUUAACAUCGAAAAACGAAGUUAUAUGUUUGGUUUUGGCUACCGUAAUUUAUCAAGAUGAAGAUCGUAAAAAAGACGACGUUUGGUUGGUUUUAAGGAACGAACAAGUUACCUGGAAAGAAUUUCUAAUCUCGAACAGAAAUUAUACUCUUAGUUUACCCAGUACCGAAUGCUUAAAUGAUUUUAAAAAAUACAAAUCGUUUCACAUGAUCGCAGAUAAGUACUUGGAUUUACCUCACCGGCAAAUGUUCCACCAUAAAGAUCUCAUUAAAACCAUGGCUGUUACCUUGUUACCAGAAAAUUCUCAAAUCUCGUCGAAUUUCACUCUAAACGAUGAAAUCCCCACCGAAGACUGGUUCAGUAUUUUAGACGACCGACUCUACAAGUUGAAAUUCGCCUCCGUUUACGGCGUAAUUAAAGAUAUAAAUUACCUGGAAUCUUGGAACAUGAUGAAUUGCCCUUGGUGCGACCCUCCUGGCCAAAUCGAUCGCCCAGAAUGCAACUCAACGCCUGAGAAACCUGCUCAAGAUGCUCCCAAACAUCAAUGGAGUUCCCUUGUAUCGCAAUUUAGCUACAAGACCGAAGACACGAUACAUUUACCUCGAAUGAAAAUUGAUCCUCCGAAAAGCAAAGUCACCGGAUUCGGUAUCAGAGGUGGCAAAAUAAACGUACAAAUAACCUUACAAGAGGUUUCAACUGCUAGAGUAACAUAUGUGUUUCUAAAACGUUGGAAAAUGGAACAGUAUCCGGCCGGAUUGGCUAAAGGAGUCACCGUUUGUUUCACCGAUGUUAAUAUUAAACGUUCUAGAAAAAAUAAUUUAUAUUUCGUCAACACUCCGCUGACCAGGAUACUUCAUUUGAACGUGUUUAAUACUUUAAAAGACGAUUCAGGAUCUCAUUGGGGCGUAUUUGGAUUUCCUUAUUUGGACGAUGAAAGAGUAUGGGGUACAUUGGAACUAGAAAUGCUGGCUAAAGUAUCCAUCACGACCAAAUGUAAAUUAUGUAAUGAAAUAUUCGCUCGAUUUCGUUGUCCCAAUGUUUUCUGCGCCAAUCACCGAAAGAACUUCGAUGAAGCUACGUACGAAGUCACAGCUACCGCGAGAUUAUUCAUCAGAGGUCCGGCCAACGUUCCGGCAAACACACUGUACUUGAAAAACGAACACGUCCAAAUGUACCUCGACUUACCAGAUCGAAUAUGGCGUAAACUAUGCAGAUAUUCGGCUUUUUCGGAGCUCGUAUAUUCUCCUUAUUUCAGCGACUUAUCGUCUGAAAACACCAACGUUUUGAUAAAAUGUCUUUCGUCGUAUUGCAAAUAUCUGAGCAAAACCAGAUUCCACGUUUAUUGUAAACGAUUCAAAGGAGAUGCCAGCAAAGAAAGAAAAUACUUUUGCGUCGAAAUGAAAAAAAUCGAUCCUCAUAGAUUCGCAGCGACAGGUGCUUUACUCGAAGAUACGAGUACUUCGGAAUCGGAACAAAGUCGAACCGAGUCUUCCAUCGAAGCUGAUAAAUAAUAUGGUGAUAUGAAACUGCUGGAUCCAAAAAAUGGCUUCGUUUUUGAAAGGAUAAUUAAUAAGAAAGAUGUACUCCUACCUGUUGUCAAUGCUGCAUUUCAGGAGAAUUUCACCGAUAUUUUGACUGUGACAAAAAAUACUAUCGAUCCUCAACAUACCGUCGGUCAUCUAGUUGCGUUUGACAUUCACUGCAAAACUUCAGAUAACCGUUCGGUGAUUAUCGAGAUACAACUGUCAACCGUGAAAAGCUCCCUGGCAAGAUCCGUAUAUUUCGCGUCGAAGGCAUAUUCCAGCCAAUUAGACGGAAUGAAAUUCAAACCAAACAUGUACGAUGUAUUAAAACCUGUAUACUCGUUGGAAUUCACAAAUUUCAAUUUAUUCCCCGAGACGGAGCAUUUCAUCUCGAAACAUGCGCUGAUGAAUCAAAAAACCGGUGAAAUAGAUAUCAAAGAAAUGAAAUUUACGUACGUGGAACUCAAUAAGUUGAAGAAGAAAGGAGUGAAAUCUCAUAAACAACUCGUUACAGAUCUCGAAAAAUUCGCUUAUUUUCUCUUAAACGAUUUGGAGAAUUGUUCAUACGUACAGAUCCUCGGUAACCUUACGAAGACUAAUGAUUGGAUCAUGUCGGCCUCACAAGCCAGAAAUCAAUCAACCUGGACCCAAUCUGAGAUUGAUCAGUUCGUCCAACACGAGGAUUCCCGUUGGAUCUUAAACGACGUGGUAGAUUGCGCUGGAGAAGUAGCAAAGAAAGAAGGCAAGGAAGAAGGCAGGAAAGAAGCUAUGGAAGAAUGGAAUAAACGAGUGAUAAACAACUGUAUAAAGAAAAAAUUUUCUGCGAAAAAGAUAGCCAAAUUAUUCGGGCUUUCCGAAACAGAAGUCAAGGCUCAAAUUGACCAACUUAAUAUUCCUCAUCCGGAGCAAAAAUGCUUAAAAAGGCCGAAAAACUGAAAUGUGUAAGAAUUGUGGAUGAAAAACGUUUUUCUUACAACUUUCCGGUGAAUUUUUUGACAGUUUUCUCGAAAAAAAAAUCGAAAAAUGAGUGUAAAGAAUCAUUAAAAACCGUGUUUUGCUCGUGAAAUGUGUAAAUAUGUACUUUAAAUUUUUUUUAUCGUUGUUUGAAAUUCAUUUUAUUGUUAUUUUUACAAAUGUACUCCAUAUUACUUGUAACUUCUUGAAAAUUGUUAAUUAUGAACUUUUUUUGUUCAAAAAUUAAAAAUACUAAAAAUAAU